UUCUAUGCAUCUUAGGUUAUGUUAUAGUUGUUUUCACAUAACCUCAAAUUUCACAACAUGAAAUCAGUGGAAAAAUAAGAACAAAUAUAUCCACUACUACGUUUUUUUCAUAAAUAAACAUGGAAACCUUUACCGAAGCGGAACUAGAAAUCCCUCCUUGUAAAUAUGAAUACCUAGAUCAUACAGCUGAUGUACAGAUUCAUUCCUGGGGUAACUCCUUGAAAGAAACAUUCGAGCAAUGUGGAAUGGCCAUGUAUGGUUACAUGACUGAGCUUCCUUCCGUCGAAAUUAAACAGUGUGUCGAGAUUGAAGCAGAUGGACAUGACUUGGAAAGUUUAUUGUACAAAUUUUUGGAUGAAUUAUUGUUUUUAUUUAGUUGUGAACCAUAUUUGAUAUGUAAAAAAAUUGAAAUUACACAAUUUAUAAUUGAAGGAGAAGAUAUGAGAAUCAAAUGUAAAUGUUACGGUGAAGAAUUUCAGAUUGGAAAGCACCCCCAAGGAACAGAAGUAAAAGCUAUCACAUAUUCUGCAAUGCAAAUCAUUAAUGAUCCUGAUAAAAAUGAUUUUCAAAUAUUUGUUAUCAUCGACAUUUAACUCUGAUGUUUUUCCUGUUUUUUACAUAUUAAGUAAAAUAUUUUAAUCUGAAUGGUCACAU